GACGCGUUUUAUAUUUUUUUUAGCCUUUUCUCCCUGCGUACACUUUACGCAUAAAAAAUAAUAAUGACAGAAGUGAACUAUGACUUGAUUAAAUCAGAUCAUUUUUACAGUACACUGAAGAGCUCUAUACGAGAUGGCGAUCCAAAUGUUCUAACCGCACUCACGGUACGACGCGAUCUCGAAGAACGCAUAGGUCUUGAAGAAGGUUCAUUAAGCGAAAAACCUUGGAAGCAACUUGUCAACAAGCUAAUUGACCAAGCAUUGGGCGAGGUACACGAUGAGCAACAAGAAGAAGAUGAAGAAAAGGAGCCAAAGCCGGAACCGAUGAAGGAAGAGGAUGAUACAAGCAAAGAUAAGGAGCAGCCUCAUCCGGAGAGUCCGGGUACUGCCAAAAUUAAACACGAGGAAAAGGACGAAAAAGAAGUACGGACUUCCACAGCAGAAAAGCAAGAGAGCGAAGAAAGUGAUUCGUAUGAGGAACCAGUAGUGAUAAAGAAGGAAGCAUUAACCCCCGAGAAGAAAAAGAAAAAACGUGCAAAGAAGAGUGAUACUGCGGCGCCUUCAAAAACAAAGAAAUCGUCCAAGACAACAAAAGCCGAAAAGUCACCAGAACCGGCAGCAACAACGUCUGGGCACAGUGGAUCCGAUAGUGACGAUGAUUUAGUAGUAGGAUCGUCUGCAACAACAAAGUCGAAAGGAAAAGGCAAAAAAACAGAGGAUUCUAAAGGGUCAUCAGCAAGCGAAGAAAAGAUUAAACGGUUGAAAAUGUAUAUCAACAAAUGUGGCGUCCGCAAAAAAUGGGUCACGGAACUUGCUGGAAUGAGAGUGGGCCAACAAAUUGAUAAAUUACAAUCAAUACUUCGGGAGCUUGGCGUUAAAGGGCGUCCGACGUUGGAAAAAUGUCAAAAAGUCAAAGCGGAACGAGAGCUUAAGGCUGAAAUAGCCAGCUUAAAUGCAGAGAACAUCCUCAAUGAAGACGAGCAAGAAAGCGGCAGACGCACACGACAAUCACAGCAGCCCACGAAAAGAAAACGACGAGUGAUUUCAUCUGAUGAAGAAGACGAAGACGAGGAAUCGAAUGACCAGCCACCGUCUAAAACUGCAAAAGCGUCAUCUCCUGGGCUGGACCUGUCAUUUCUUGGCGAUCAAAGUUCAGAAAGCGAUUGAUGUAUAAUCAAAAACUAUUUACUAUGUCACUACUCGGCACCGAAUUACUUAGCUAAUAACCUAAAGCUGAAAGAUUGAUAGCGGCUAUAAAUAAAGUAAAUAGUGCUUUUUGUUCAGGGAGGUAGGGGAAACACAACUCAGGCUACAUGGCGUGCUUAAAAGACGCAACAAAAUGGAUUUUGAGUAGAGAGUGUACGUGAAAACCGGCCUGAGCACUGAAAAAAAAACCGAGUUCUCAAAUAAUCAAAAGGGACGCGAUUACUCAUGCGUGUAGUAAUAGAUGCAUGGGAUUGAAGGGUCGUAGUAGUGUCUAUAGCAAAGACUGUGAAUUAAAAACGUGCUUUAUUUCAUUGUCGAUAUACAGUAUGGCCGUGCGUGGUUGCAUGUCAAAUAUGAAUUGUGUUCCAACUGCUGGUCUGGUAAGGGGCUUGAGAGCUUGG